AUGAUCAACGAUGCUAAACUGGUGUUCGAUGAGAUUACUAAGUGGGGGCUAAGACCUAGUUUAGUUAGUUUCAAUACUUUGUUGAAUGGAUACUGUAAAUCAGGUAAACUGGAAGAAGCGUUUAGGUUAAAAAAAGCUAUAGAAGAGACCAGUCUUGCUCCAGAUGUAUUUACAUACAGUGUUUUGAUUAAUGCCCUAUGUAAAGAAAGUAGAUUAGGUAAUGCAUACCAGUUGUUCGAUGAAAUGUCUACAAGGGGAUUAAACCCCAAUGACGUUAUCUUUACAACCUUAAUUAACGGUUUAUGCAGUAAUUCAAAGACCGAUUUAGCAAUGCAGAUGUACAGUAAAAUGCUGGUGAGAGGUAUCAAAGCUGAUUUAAUUACCUUCAACACCCUUAUCAAUGGCCUUUGCAAGAGUGGUAAAAUAGGCAAAGCUAGGAAUCUAAUUGAUGAAAUGUCACGUGAAGGGUUAAAACCUGACAAAAUCACAUACACAUGUCUCCUUGAUGGGUGUUGCAAGGAGGGAGAUUUGCAAUUAGCACUUGAAGUCAAAGAAAAAAUGGUGAAAGAAGGCAUUGAGCUUGAUGAUGUGGCAUUCACAGCUCUUAUAUCGGGUUUGUGUAGGGAAGGACUAGUUGUUGAUGCAGAAAAGUUGUUGAGGGAAAUGACUAAAUUGGGUCUGAAACCUGAUGACGCAACUUACACUAUGGUUAUUGAUGGGGUUUGUAAGAAGGGAGAUGUAAAAAUGGGGUUUCAGUUGUUGAAGGAGAUGCGUAGGGAUGGAGUUGUUCCAGGGAUUAUAACAUAUAAUGUGUUGAUGAAUGGAUUGUGUAAAUUAGGGCAAAUGAAAAAUGCAAGUAAGUUAUUGCAAUCGAUGCUUGAUUUGGGUGUGUUUCCAGAUGAUAUUACUUACAAUAUUCUCUUGGAAGGUCACUGUAAAUAUGGAGAUCCUGAGGUUUUGGAGAAAUUAAGAAGUGAAAAAGGAGUAAUUUAUGAUUAUGCUUCUUAUAUCUCUCUGGUAGAAGGGUCUAUUAAAAGUUAA